CAACUCACAGCAGCCAUGGCCACCACCACCCUGCCCUCCUCCUCCCUGCCCUCCUCCUCCCUCCGACUCUCCACCCCCUCCCCGCGUACGCCCCACGCGCAGCCGAAGCGCCGCCUCUUCUUCCCCGCCCGAGCCACCGGCUCCGACACCCCUCCCCCCUCCGAGGCGGCCCCCGCCGCGACCGACCCCGACGGAGGGGACGGCGGCGGCGGCGACGGCGACGACCCGUUCGAGAGCCGGCUCUCGCAGGUCCGGCUCCGGUACCGGAGCGGGACCGGCAAGAAGGCGGAGGCCCGCAAGGUGAAGAAGUCGAAGGGAGGAUCGUCCCCGCCCGGCCGCGGGAUGUACCUGCCCCCGGCGGCGCUGAGGGAGCCGGUGUCGGAGGGGCUGAAGGUGGAGUUCGGGUUCAGCCCCUACAGCGAGAGGAUGAACGGGCGGAUCGCGGCCCUGGGGCUGGCUGCGCUGCUGCUGGUGGAGCUGGCGACGGGGAAGAGCGUGAUCAGCUACCACACGCCGGCGAUCGUGCUGAUCCAGGUGUACUCCGUGGUGGCGGUGGCGGCUCUGUACGCGAAGUACGAGAAGGAGAGCGUGAGCGUCUGGCCUCAAUCUCCCGAUAAAUGACGGCCCCCGCCGCCGGCGACGGCGAGGGGCGGUGGCGGUCGUUUCUUCGUUUCUCCUGUGUUUUGCACUAAACAUUCCCUUUUUCGCUUUGUAAAUUCUUUGUGAGCUGCUGCUCUUGCCAUGUUCAGUAAAUGCUUGAGGCGAUGACCAGUUAAAGAAGAUGACUUUGAUCGUGAAAAGUGAAACUUCCAUUGAAGUUGAUACUGUAAGAUUAUAUGAUAGCUUUCCAAGAA